GGCCGGACGGGGCGGGCGUGUUGGCCCCGCCAUGAGCAGCAGCGCGGUCCCCGCGGCGCGGCUCUGCCGCCUGGAGCGGGGGCCGGACGGGUACGGGUUCCACCUGCACGGCGAGAAGGGCAAACCGGGCCAGUUCAUCCGGCUGGUGGAGCCGGGCUCACCGGCGGAGCGCUCGGGGCUGCGCGCCGGGGACCGGCUGCUGGAGGUGGAUGGCGAGAACGUGGAACGGGAGAGCCAUCAGCAGGUGGUGGAGCGCAUCCGCGCCGCCGCCGGGGCCGUCAGCCUGCUCGUCGUGGACUCGGCGGCCGACGAGCAGCAGCAGAAGCACGGCGGGGCGGUCACCGAGCCCCCCGUGAGCAGCGGGCAGGCGGCCCCGGAGCCGGCGGAGCCCGCGGCGAGAGAGCCCAGCGGCGGGCAGCGGGAGGAGCUGCGGCCCCGGCUGUGCCGCAUGAAGAAGGGUCCCAAUGGCUACGGCUUCAACCUGCACAGCGACAAGAGCCGCCCAGGGCAGUACGUCCGUGCUGUGGACCCCGACUCGCCAGCCGAGGCAGCAGGGCUGGCCCCCCAGGACCGCAUCAUCGAGGUGAAUGGGGUGUGCAUGGAGGGUAAGCAGCACGCUGACGUGGUGGCAGCCAUCAAGGCGAGUGGCGAUGAGACCAGGCUGCUGGUGGUGGACGUCCUCACCGAUGAGUUCUUCAAGAAGUGCAAGGUGGUGCCCUCGGAGGAGCAUCUCACAGGUCCCUUGCCAGAGCCAGUUGUCAAUGGCGAUGUAGGGAAGGAAAACGGUGCAGAGCCACGGUCCAGCUCUGUGUCCGAGAGCCCGUCCAGCCCCGGGCCAUUGGCCACAUCCCCUAACUCCAGCGAUACCCACAGCAAGUCUGACACACAGGAGGGUGACAAGCGCCAUUCAGCAUCCGGCUCCCUCCUGGACCUCGACAUCCCACUGGCAGUGGCCAAGGAGCGGGCACACCAGAAGCGCACCAGCAAACGGGCUCCCCAGAUGGACUGGAGCAAGAAAAAUGAACUGUUCAGCAACCUGUGAGGGUCCUAUGGCCCCCCCUGGCCUCGCACCCACCUCUUCUGCAUCCUCUCUCUGUGCUCCAUGGGGUACAGGCCUGCUUCCCAUCACCUUGGCUGGAGCAAUGGGGCUCAGUGGCCAAUGGGCAUCCCGGCAGUGGGGUCCUGAUGGGGGUUUGGGGCUAGAGAGAGCCAGGGGGUGCUGGGGGUGCCCCCUCUUAUGAGCCUCUUUUUGGGAUGCUCCUCUAGCCCUGCUCACCCUGGUAGGCACAAGUGGGGACCGGGGGGGGGGGAAUCAAGGACUCGGGGUGACCUGAUACCAAACACUUCCUGCUGUUCCCUGGUUCUUCCUCCCAUCCCAAACAAAGCCCAUCUCCCUUUGAGUCAUCCCCCCCCCUGCUUUUGCCCUUUAGCUCCAAAACCUGAGGCUUUGAGUGACUUUUAGCAUCCCCAAGCCACUGACCACAGCGGUUCGGCCCCUGCCUUGGUGAGCUCCGUCCAUGAUACCCAUGUCCCUUUGUCCCUCUGGCUGCAGGGAGGGACACGGGUGCCCAGUAUGGUGGGGAGCCCCCAGCACCCUGCCCCUGGGGCUGUUUUGGGAGAGGAGAGGGUGUCCAGAGCCAGCACAGCAAGCAAUAAUCACCUCCCUUGCUCCUGCUCACUCCUGGAGACAGAGCUGAUCAGGGUUUGAAUCCAACACUGUGUAAUUUAAAGGCUUCUCAAUAGACUCUUGGGUUUUUUUCUCUCCAAAAUAAGAGUUUUCCAAUCACACUGUUUUUUUUUCUUUCUUUUUUUUUAAUGUAUUUUGUGGAAAUUCUUCCUGUGGAUGUUUUGUUUCUGUGUGUUGCGAUCGGGUGUUGUUGUACUGUCAAGCUAAAGAGAAAUCCUGGUUACUGGAAUAAACCUUCCUGACUUCCC